AUGCCCGGCGUCAGCGCAGGAAGUCGGCCAUGUUUGGGCAUCCUCGACACGCACGGAGGGGGGAAUCCCUCGCGCAGCUCUCCGCCAAUGAUGCGGGGCCGGCGUUGCCACGGAGACGGAGGGUAUAAAAGGGACGGCGAGGACCGGAGCUCGGCAUCCUCGGCGCCGAUCGAACGCAGCGACGCGAACCCGAAACCCGCUCGGAGGAAAUUCCCUUCCCGUCCGUCCGCCGCCAUGCUCGCCGAGCGCCACCGCAGCUUCCUGUCCGACUUUGAGGACGCGUGCAGCGCCUGGGUGAACGGCGCCGAGUCCGACCGCUCCGACUUCAACGAGGCCGAACUAGCCGUUGUCUCCCCGGGGACCGACGCCUCCGAUUCCGAUUUCUUCUCCGACUUCAGCGACUCCGAAUCGCUCUCGCCCUCCGUCGACUUCUCCGCCGGCUUCCCGCCCGAACCGGCGGCGGGCUUGAGCGGCACGGCGGACGCCAUCCUCAACAUGAUCACGGAGAUCGUGGGAAUCUGCACUGAAAUGGAGCAGCGGGGGGACGCCCCCGUCGUCACGGUCAAGAGCGAGUCGGGCCGCGGGGCCGACUUAAUCGCCGCGCCGGCGACUCCGGACUUUAUCGAGACUCUGCCGAGCCGAGACGGAGGCCGGGCGCCGACCGACGGAUCGGAGGUCGAGUGGGAAGAGGAUCGGAUGACCGACCGGAGGCCGGGCGCAGACGCGAGCCGAGUGAAAAUGGAGGCAGACCUCCACCUUCCCGCGCCAUCCGCCCUCGACCCCGACCUCCUGUCGUCCCUCCUGCGGGGCGCCUUCCCGACCGUGCGCCCGAGCGGGGUUCCGGCAGGCGGCAAAUCAUCCCAGAGAGCUGAGAGCGGCGCCCAGGCCGAGGCCAAAGCCAAGGCCAAGGCCAAGGCCAAAGCCAAGGCCAAGGCCUUCCCGUGCUCGGUGGAAGGCUGCGAGCGGCGCUUCUCACGCUCGGAUGAACUCAACAGGCACGUGCGCGUGCACACGGGACAGAAGCCUUUCCGGUGCGGCGUGUGCGCGCGGAGCUUCAGCCGCAGCGACCACCUGACCACGCACACGCGUACGCACACGGGCGAAAAGCCCUUCUCCUGCGACGUGUGCGGGAAGCGCUUCGCGCGCAGCGACGAGAGGAAGCGGCACGGCCGCGUGCACGUCAAGCAGCAGCUCCGAGCGCAAAUGAUGGCCGCCUACUCCAUGGCCGUGAGCGCCGUGUGAGACGGCGAAACCUUCCGGGCCUAAAGAAGGCUCCCCUUCGACCUCUCGGCGAGCCCUCGCGGGAGACGGGGAAGGAGAUGUUCUUGCAUGAGGGUGAAAAGUGACGUGACCUCUUAUGUUUGUACCAUAGCUCUAUUUUUCUAGAUGUUUCUAUUCUCGUCAUGUGACUUUUCUAUAACUUGCACUAAAGCAUUGUGGGAUACGUGUUCAUGUCCCCGCUUGACGAUGCUCCAAUUAAAAAAUACAAUCAAAAACAAA